AUGCCAGAAGGUGAAGUAAACGAAGUAGAGCUUGAAAGAAAAAGACUGCUAGAGUUGGAGCAUAACUUGACAGGGAAGACGACUACAACAACGGAGCCGGCUGUCGAAGAAAUAAAGAAGGAAGAGCCCGAGACAAAAAAAAUUAAAAUAGAAGAAGAUGGAAAGUAUGAAAGUUUUGGUAACUCGGAGAAACAAAAGACAUCAACUAUCGUAGUGGUUCCUCCUACUGCUCCCAAAUUGUUUUACACUCCAUUGAAAACAGGCUUAGUUUACGAUGUCCGAAUGCGAUACCACGCCAAAAUAUUCACGUCUUAUUUUGAAUAUAUUGAUCCUCAUCCAGAGGAUCCUAGGCGUAUAUAUCGUAUAUAUAAGAGACUAGCUGAAGCGGGUCUCAUUCAAGAUAGCUCCUUGUCAGGCUCUGAUGAAAUUGGACCCUUAAUGGUAAAAAUUCCAACUAGAGAAGCUACCGUUGAAGAGAUUCUCGAAGUACAUUCCGAAGAGCUUUUUAAGUUUAUAGAAUCCACUGAGACAAUGAGUCGCGAGAAAUUACUAGAAGAGACUGAAAAAGGCGAUUCCAUUUAUGUUAAUAAUGAUUCGUUUCUUUCGGCAAAACUUUCAUGCGGUGGUGCAAUCGAAGCUUGCAAAGCAGUUGUUGAAGGGCGGGUCAAAAAUUCAUUGGCUAUAGUACGUCCGCCAGGACAUCAUGCGGAGCCUGAUUCUCCUGGUGGCUUCUGUCUUUUCAGUAAUGUUGCAGUUGCUGCCAAGAACAUUUUAAAGAACUACCCAGAAUCAGUGAGAAAGAUUGUGGUGCUCGACUGGGAUAUUCAUCAUGGUAAUGGAACUCAGAAGGCAUUUUAUAACGAUCCGAGAGUAUUAUACAUAUCACUCCAUCGUUACGAGAAUGGUAAGUUUUAUCCUGGUACCAAAUAUGGUAACUCAAACAUGGUUGGCGAGGGCCAGGGUGAAGGUUUCUCUUUAAAUAUUCCUUGGAAGGUUCCAGGAAUGCAUGAUGGUGAUUAUGUCUAUGCAUUUAACAGAGUUGUUAUUCCUGUUAUAAGCGAGUUCGACCCAGAUUUAAUUAUUGUCAGCUCUGGUUUUGAUGCUGCAGAUGGUGAUACCAUUGGCUGUUGUCACGUAACACCUGUUGGUUAUGGUUCUAUGACCCAUAUGCUCAAAGGAAUAGCAAAAGGAAAAUUGUCUGUCGUAUUAGAAGGAGGCUAUAAUCUUGAGUCGAUCAGUAGAAGCGCGUUGGGCGUUGCUAAGGUACUAGUUGGUGAGCCUCCAGAGGAUACUGUAUCACAAUUGCCUCAUCCAGAAGCUGUGGAGGUUAUAGAUGAAGUAAUAAAAAUACAAUCUAAGUAUUGGAAAUCAUUGAAACCAGGAAUACCUGAUCAUAUUUUUGAUGACGUAUAUGAUUUACCAAAUGAAAAGAAGAACUUUACGCUAGCAAAUAUUGCCGAUCCUAUAAGAUCUUAUCAAGCUAAUGACUUAUUUAACCGUUAUGGAUUUAUCAACUUACCGAUAGUCUCAGGAAAUAAUGAAAAUGAAAAGUCUAGUCAUUUUACUAUCGAUUUACCUGCACGCUUAGAAGAUCUAGUCCUUGCAAGCCCUAAUGUUAAUAACAGUUCUACCAUAAUAAUCUACGUACAUGACUCUCCUGAAAUUUGGGCAAAUAUAAAUCCCGUUAGUGGAACCAUUGAAGCAAGCUCCUCUGUGGUAUUAGAACAUCCCUUAGUUCAGAUUAUUGAAAAAAUCAAGAAGGAAAUAAAUAAAGAGAAAAGUGACAGCUGCCCUGAAGCCGAUGAGGUUGGUCACAUAGAUAUUUAUGUUCCUUCUAGUCAAUUCCCUAUUCCUAGUUACACAUCUUCAAACCUGUCAACAACCUAUUCACAAGUUAUAUUUGGUCAAGAGCUAUUGUUAUAUAUUUGGGACAAUUAUAUCUCAUACUUCUCUCAGGUUAAAAAAAUAGUAUUUGUCGGGUUUGGAGAUGCUUAUCAGUCUAUUAUUCAUCUUUUUGCAAAGAGACCAUCUCAGAAUAUUAAAGAUAUUGUAAAAGGAACCAUUGUUUUUCUUGACAGAUCAAAUUUAAAAUCUUUAGUGCCAGUGAUGGACGAGUCUAUGAUAGAUUGGUAUUAUCAAAAUUCAGUUAUUUUCACUAGUUUCUUGAACCCAUGCUGGGUCGGUACCGGGGGGUCUUCUUCUCUGUCUGCGAGAAAUGGACAAGGCAAUAAUGAGCUCAAUGGCUCUGAUGAUUCUAACAAAAGGCCGAGAAGAAAAUUUGGUCGUGUGUUGAAGUCAUCUGCUGAUGGCUUAUGGGAUGUGAUUAAUGAAAGAUUUGAUGAAGGUGUCGACUUCAUAUUAGAUUCAAUUGAGGAUUACAGCACCAGCGAAAGUAGUAACUAG